AUGGUCAGACUGAAGGGUGCAGGUGCGUCUUUAGGGAUUAAGGUAAGGUUACAAUGUAUGAUAUUUCGAGGAAAGGAAGCACUGCCGAGGACUAAGGCAUCGUGGGGUAAAGGAGAGCGAGAAUGUGAAGGUCGGGAAACCCCUUACACUAAGCAAUUAGCUCAGCAUAAUAUCAUCCAAUCAAGCUAA